AUGAAACCUUAUACCUACCAACAUCGUGUAUCAUAAUUAGAUGAUAUGGAUGAUCACUCAGUGUUGUCUAAGUCCAAAAUGCAUGGAUUCUAUUAUUAUGCACAUAUGUUGGGAAUCUAUUACUUACUUGAGCUUAUCUAUUUUAAUUAGUUAGGGACUAUACUAGCUAAUUCGCCAACUAUCUAAGCCGUAAAGAGAGAUGGCAUUCUAAUGAUAAUCUGGGCUAUUUAUUCAUUCACCUAUCCAUACACAGUUUACUUUUCACAUUUAUAUGGUAAGAAGAUGUUGCUAACAUUGUUCAUUUCUCUUCCAUUUGUGAUAUUUCCAUGGUUUACAAUUAAAUAUUAACUGGGCUUUAUACCUGGAGCUUUUGUUGGUGCCAUGGCUUGCAUUGGAUUUAUGAAGGAAGUUUCUUAUCUUAAACAUUGUAAAAAACCAAUAGGUCUGUGGGAAUUCUUUAUUUAUAUGAUUACUCCUGCAUUGGUAUUCUAUCACGAUUAUCCAAAAACAAAGAAGAUCAGAUUAGUUUAUUGUUUUGCAAAGCUAUUUAAUAUAGCGUAUUUUGAUAUUCUUGGUGCUGUAAUAAUAGCUAAGCACAUUGAGCCUUCAAUAAUAGGAACUUCUGAUUAGAUUCUACAAACAAUAUUGCUGUUAUUUCCCUUGACUGCAUUUUGGAUAGUUCUUUUCUUCCUAACCUUUGAAAACAUAUUAAAUUUAUUGGCGGAAAUCACAUAUUUUGGGGAUAGGGAAUUCUAUCAUGAUUGGUGGAAUGCAACAACCUUUGAAGAAUUCAAUGCAAAAUGGAAUACAGUAGUAUAUGCAUUUUUGCAUACACAUGUAUAUUUGUAAUUGUAAGAAUGGAAAGUACCUCGAGUAUGGUCAAAAGUACUUACCUUUGCAUUUUCAGCCUUGCUUCAUGAGAUAAUAUUGAUAGCAGCUUUACGAUAAUUCACUCCUUUUAUGACUUUCAUCAUGUUGUUACAAGUUCCAGUUAUGAUGGCAUUGAGAUUCCUAAAGAACACAAGGAUAGGGUUGAUUUACUUUUGGUUUAGUUUAUUGCAUGGAGUCCCUAUUAUCGUUAGCUAUUAUGUGUUGGUUUGA